AUGGAUCAAAUAAAGAGUCCUUUCAAAGGAAUUGCAAAUGAUGUUAAAGGGAGGUUAAAAUGCUACAAGAAGGAUUGGCUCGAUACGUGCGGUUCUGGUGCAAGGAUUUUAGCUCCAACAGCGUACAUUUUCUUUGCUUCGACUCUUCCUGUAAUUGCCUUUGGGGAGCAAUUAAGUCGAGAAACAGAUGGGAGGCUUAGCCCGGCCGAGACACUUGUUUCGACUGCUAUAUGUGGGAUAAUCCAUUCGAUUUUCGGAGGACAGCCAUUGUUGAUCUUAGGAGUUGCAGAGCCCACCAUUAUAAUGUACACUUACUUGUACAACUUUGCCAAGAGAAGUGUAGGAACCGAGCUAUAUUUAGCCUGGGCUGCUUGGGUAUGUGUUUGGACUGCUUUGCUGCUCUUUCUUCUGGCCAUAUUUAACGCUUGUACCAUCAUUACUCGAUUUACGAGGGUUGCUGGGGAGCUAUUCGGCAUGUUGAUCUCUGUUCUUUUCAUUCAAGAAGCCAUCAAGGGUGUGGUGAGUGAAUUCGAAAUUCCAAAGGGCGAAAAUGCCUCAGAAGAGCAAUACAAUUUCUCGUGGCUUUAUACAAAUGGAUUGCUCUCAGUUAUAUUCUCGUUCGGCGUGCUUAUAACUUCCCAAAAGAGCAGAGGAGCUCGGUCCUGGCGGUAUGGUACAGGCUUUUUUCGGAGUUUUAUAGCCGAUUAUGGGGUACCAUUAAUGAUUGUAAUUUGGACUGCAUUAUCUUAUGGUGUACCGGGCAAAGUUCCUUCUGGCGUCCCGAGGAGAUUGAUCGGUUCACUCCCUUGGGAAGCUAAAUCAUUGUACCAUUGGACUGUGAUCAAAGACAUGGGGAAAAUAUCGGUGGGGUAUAUUUUUGCAGCCUUUAUACCGGCAGUGAUGAUAGCUGGCCUGUAUUUUUUUGAUCACAGUGUAGCUGCACAGAUGGCUCAGCCGAAGGAAUUUAACCUGAAAAACCCAUCUUCUUACCAUUGGGACAUCUUUUUACUCGGCGUCAUGACUCUACUUUGUGGAUUGCUCGGAAUUCCACCUUCGAACGGUGUACUUCCACAGUCUCCUAUGCACACAAGGAGUCUUGCAGUCCUUAAGAGACAGUUGAUUCGGAGGAAAAUGGUGAAACGUGCAAAGGAAGGCAUGAAACAGCAAGCGAGCCACUCUGAAAUAUACGGAAGAAUGCAUGCCGUUUUUGUCGAGAUGGAAAAUGCUCCUUCGCACACGGUCGAGAAAGAACUGGCGAAUUUGAAGGAGGCUGUCCUGAAGCACGAUGUGGUUGUCGAUGGAGAAGCAAAUGACCGAUUUGACCCUGAAAAGUGCAUCGACUUGCACUUGCCCGUCCGAGUCAACGAGCAAAGGGUAAGCAACUUCUUGCAAUCCGUGCUCGUGGGCCUCGCCGUGUGUGCUAUGCCGGUAAUCAAAAUGAUUCCCACAUCGGUUUUGUGGGGUUAUUUUGCUUACAUGGCGAUCGAUAGCCUCCCGGGCAACCAGUUCUGGGAGAGGCUGCUUCUCAUGUUUGUACCUCAACGCCGUCGUUUUAAAGUUAUCGAGGAGUUUCAUGCUUCAUAUGUGGAAUCGGUACCGUUUAAGUACAUACGAAGGUUCACGAUUUUCCAGCUGGUGUAUUUCGCUAUUUGCUUUGGGAUUACGUGGAUACCUAUAGCCGGUAUUUUGUUCCCAUUGCCGUUUUUUCUCUUGAUAACCAUACGAGAGCACGUUUUGCCGAAGUUUUUUCCACCUCACCAUCUUCAAGAGCUCGAUGCUGCCGAGUAUGAAGAGAUCGUGGGGCACCCAAUCAGAGCUCGGAGUCUUACUCAUCGUGAUGGAGAAUUAACACGUGAUGGUGAUGAUGGUGAGGAGGAUUCUCCCGAUUUGUCGUCUGCUGAAAUAUUAGAUGAGAUGACGACUCGUAGAGGUGAACUCAAGCAUAGGUCCAUGAGCUUCAACGAGCGACAAUUUCAGGUUCUCCCAACAGAAUCGAACGAGGUGUGA